AUGGCCCUCGAGAAAGACUCCCCCUCAUCCACGCCCCCUGCUACCCACAACGAGCAUGGUAUAUUCCACACCCCACACGAAUACCGACAUACCACGGUGGACGGUGUGGCGGCAUACGCCGAGCAUGGCCCGCUCGUCGACCACAAAGUCCCUCAAGAAGAUGCCGUCGAGUCGGAACCCGAUCUCGCCUGGAGCCGGAUCCGACAUUUCAUGCGGGAGCCAUUCUCGGAGUUCAUGGGUGUCUUCAUCCUGAUCAUGUUUGGUGAUGGUGUAGUGGCUCAGGUUGUCUUGAGUGGCGGCACAAAGGGUGACUAUCAAUCUAUCUCCUGGGGCUGGGGGCUUGGUGUCAUGCUGGGCGUCUAUACGGCUGGCAUAUCAGGAGCACAUCUCAACCCCGCCGUCACCUUUGCCAACUGCGUAUUCCGGAAAUUCCCGUGGCGGAAAUUCCCUACUUACAUGGUUGCUCAGGUCCUGGGAGCAUUGUGUGCCUCCGGUGUCGUUUAUGCCAACUACAAGUCCGCCAUCGACGUGUUCGAAGGCGGAGCCAACAUUCGGACAGUGCCGGGCUAUUCAGAUACUGCCACCGCAGGCAUCUUUUGCACAUAUCCCGCGCCGUUCAUGACCAGGACGGGCCAGUUCUUUUCCGAAUUCAUUGCCAGCGCUCUUCUGAUGUUCUUGAUCUAUGCGCUCAAGGACGACGGGAACCUUGGUGCUGGUAAUCUUACGCCCCUGGGAUUGUUCUUCGUUAUUUUUGGAAUUGGUGCUUGCUUCGGCUGGGAAACUGGCUAUGCGAUCAAUCUUGCGCGAGACUUCGGACCGAGAUUAAUGUCGUACAUGCUGGGAUACGGCCCCCAUGUAUGGACUGCGGGCGGGCAUUACUUCUGGAUCCCCAUGGUGGCGCCUUUCUUCGGAUGCACGUUUGGUGGAUGGCUCUAUGACAUGUUCCUAUUCACCGGCGAAUCACCCAUCAACACACCUGUGGUCGGUUUGAUGAGGUUCCUGAAACCCAACAGGUCGACGUGGUCCAACACGUACGUUCCACAGCAGACAUCAAAGGUGUAG